AUGGUCUCCCGGCAAGCACCGCCGCCGCCGCCGCCGCCGGCGGCGGAACCCGCUCCUACCACCUUAUUCGCUCUCGGCGAAGACCUCCUCCUCGAGAUACUCCUCCUCCUCCCCUCCCUGCCGAGCCUCGUCCGCGCCGCUUUCGCCUGCCGCACCUUCCUCCACGCCGUCCGCUCGUCCGCCGCCUUCCGCCGCCGCUUCCGCGCGCUCCACCCGCCCCCGCUCCUCGGCCUUUACUUCGACCCCGACGGCGCAGGCAUCCCCGCCUUCGCGCCCCUCCGCCGCCGCUCCGACUCGGACCUGAGGGCCGCCGUCCGCCGCGCCGACUUCUUCCUCACGGGCCUCCUGGACGACGACGACCACAGCCCCGGCUGGGUUAUAGACGACUGCCACGACGGCUACCUGAUCCUCGACAACUGCACCACAGGGCAGGUCGUCGCCUACAACCCGCUCACGCAGGCCCUGGAUCUCAUACCCCCGCCGCCGGCCGACUUCUACGAUGGCUUCCAUGUCUUCUACAACUUCCUUGAUUACCACAUCAUCUCCCCUCAAGAGGACGACGGCGUGUUCCGCGUAAUCUACGGCUGUUACGACGAGUCGCGGGUGCGCGCUGCGGCCUUCUCCUCGGACACCAGGGCCUGGCAGGUGUUCCCCUGGUUCGAAGCUGUGUCCACGCCGCAGCCUGCCGACCAACACUGGCUUACCAUUGGUGAGACGGUGAAUGGGUUCAUCUACUGGAUAUACGCGGAAGAAGCCGCCAUGCUCGUGCUCAACACUACCACACUGCACUUCUCCAAGAUGGAACUGCCGCCCUACUUGGAAGGGCAAACUCACAUGUUUAUGGUUGGCAAGACCAAGGAUGGGGGGCUCUGUAUCGUUGUUACGAUUGGAUUCGGACUCCACAUUUGGCUCCGGAAAACUUCUGAUGAUGACGGAAUCGAGAAAUGGGUGAAUACCCAGGCGAUUGGGUUACAAAAUAUUGUUGAGCAGACCGGGGGUACACUGGAGGAACAUGCUAGACUCAAGGUUGUGGCUGUUGUCGAUGGAUUUGUCUACUUCUCUACCUUUGAGACCUUUCGGGACGGCAUGGUUCCUUGCUGGUUCUUUUCUUUAGACCUUGAGACAUCCGUCUUUGACAUACUCUUUCAGAGGAGAUCUGAUGGUCAUAUACAUCCCUACAUUAUGCCCUGGCCAACUUCUUUAAUACGCGACAAGGCAUGCCUUCAAGUUGAAGGUGCUUGAUGAAAUCUAGACAAGGAUUAACAGCCUGAUUUCGUAGCAACUACGAGUCUUGAACAUGUCGGACGGAUCAAAUGAGGAGGUGUGAAGGUGUAGCUCAAGAGUUUUAUCAGGGAACAAUGGUCUCUUUUUUGUUUAUCUGCAUUUGAUUAUGAAUUCUUAGUGGAAUGUUUACGAAGGCUUCAAACCAAGUUUGUGAAGUGUGUGCACUUUGCUUUGAACCCUUCGAGAUGUUGGGAAGUGUGUGUGCACCUUGUU